AUGGCCGGCGAAGAAUACACGCGCCUCUACUCGUGGGGCAACGAUCCCAAGCGCAAGGCAAGCCAGCACGCAAGGGACAUAAUCGGCGAUGACUCGGUUGACAUUGAGAUUCUCGACGUUAGCAAGUGGUGGAUUAACAAAACGGUGGCCGAAUACUAUUCGGAUGGCAACAUUUUCUGCCUAGGCGAUAUGGUCUAUCGCCACCCUCCUUUUAACGGUCUAGGGUCUAACACGUACAUUCAGGACGCCUACAAUCUGGCGUGGAAGAUCUUGUACGUCAUGUCUAGACGCGUAGGCCGCGGCCUCCUCAAAACAUAUAGCGUUAAGCGGCAGCCGGUCGGCGUCGACAUUAUCACGCGUACAAAUCAGGGGCUCCGGGAUCAUCACCUGUGGAUGAGGGCCAUCGGCAUGACCGAGCCAGACGUGGAGAAGCGAAAAGCGGUGCUCGCCGAGUUUAAGGACAAGGGCGAGGUUAGGCGGAGGAGGCGGCAGCAAUUCCAUGAGGGCAUCGAGAAUACGGGCACCGAAUUCCACGGACUGGGGAUUGAGAUGAACUAG